AUGCCAUACAAAGAAAUCGACUACUCAGGUGCUAAGAAAUCACUAUCAAACUCAGACGGCUCUCCUCUCGUUGUUUCCACGCCAAACGGGAACGUGAUGCUCGAGAUCCAGGGCGAACUGAUACUACCAAGUGCCAAACCUCGAGGCUUAACACCUGAAGAGGAAUCCAAAUACGUGGCCAUUGAUGGUGUGAACCAUGCUGUCAAGAUAGGUAGACUGGAGCUAAAUGGGAAUAAAGCCACGCUAUUUAUUGGUACUUCUCAAAGGUUAUUGGGUGAUGUGAAGAAAUUGAAUCCUCCAAUUGGUGUUCUUAGGUUACCAAAUGAUGCUGUAGAUGAUGCAAAAAUCAAAAUGGUUGAUAUAAUAAAACACAAGAUUAUCUUUACAGGAAGACCAUUACCGAUCAUGUGA